AUGUUUUCAGUCCAACGGGGGCAUUAGAAGGCCAUUUCUUAGCAGCGGAUUUUAAAAAAAGGUAUAAAUGAUGCAGAAAAGUAGAGAAGCCUCAGGCGAGCGGCAGUAUGGGCAGCGGAUCAUUUUUACAGGUCCAAAUGGAAUUGGAGACUACAGGCCCAGAUCGAAUUAUGAGCCCCUGUACGUUGGUGUGGGUGGCGUUUCUCCUGAGGCCACAUCUGAUCUGGGAUAUUUAUGGCGAGCUGCUCCUCACGCGGCCCCUCCCGCACCCAGACAGAGCAGUGUGGGCGAGGUGGGCUGGGGAUGGCAGUAUAACCAGCUGUUGAAUGGAGACAGGCUCCUCAGCAACAUGCAAAUUAAGAAAACUGAGCUGAGGCUAACACUGGAAGAAAGAGUCUCUCAGAGGUUUCAGAUGAACCAGUAGGCCACCAUUCUAAUACAUAUACAUAUAUACAUCCAUAUAAAUAAGUGAGAGUAUCUCAGGUUUCUAUUGCACACUGUUGAGCAAGCUGUACGGUAGGCUGUCUGCCUGCCCAUCCAUAAUGCAACACUUCCACUUUAACGAGAUCGCAGCACCUCAAGCCAUGGACACUAAAUCAGGCAGGAUGAACUUGGACACAUGACACCAAACCGUCUGGAAGUUGCUUUUUUUUCUGUCCCACAUUUUCGUAACAGGAAUAAUAAAAUAAAAAAAUAAUCAUGCAAUACAAAUGUGUGUUUUUCCUGUAUGUUAUAACACAUGAUUUUCAUUAACUCUAUACUAAUGUAUUUAAUAAUGUUUUUCAAGG